UUAAUAUUUUAGCCAUUAAUUGUAAUAGAAUUUUCGGUGGAGUGACUUUAUAAAAAAAAAAUAUUAAAAAAUAAAUUAUUAAAAAUGAGAAAAUUGGAUUUCAUUUUAACCAUUGUGGGAUUUUUCAAUUUAUAUUCCUGUCAACAAAUUCGUCCACUUCCGAAUCCAUUAAUCAACAUACAGUGUGGUCAAAAUAGUUUUAUACGUAAUGUCAAUUUAGUGCCAACCACACGUCCGAAUCAGCCAGUUCCAACAACAUGCACAUAUAAAAUUCAUGCAAUAAGCGGAUUCAUUUGUCAAAUGAGAUUUGAAUUAACAGAAUUUUCAUUACUUGCACCUGAGAUUUCGCCGUUUCCACGAUGUGUCGAUGAGUCCAUGACUGUUGGCAACGUUACACUUUGUGGUGUCAAUCAUGGUCAACACUUCUACGUUCCAAUCAACCCAUUAAGAGGUGAAAGAUUCCUCGAAAUGACAAUCACAACACGAAGCAUGCCAAAUAAUUUCAAUCAACGCUCAACAUGGAGAAUUUCAGUGCAUCAAUUGGAAUGUCCAUUAGGUCAAUCGAGAGGAGUAAAAAGCAGCAAUGCAAUCUCAGCAUCUGAAAACGAUUCAAUUUUACCAAUUCGACAACCUCGUUUGGGAUUAUUUAGUGAUUGGGUAGCACCACAGGGAUGUUUACAAUAUUUUCCACAUGCAAAUGGAACAGUCGAGAGUUUCAAUUUGAAUAACGGAAUUGGGCCAUACAUAGCUGACAUGCAUUAUGCAAUCUGUUUCCGUCGAACACGUGCAAAUACAGCAAUAAGUUUCAUUCCAAUGAUUUUCCGUAUGGGAUAUGCAGUAGUAAGUGCAAACAAUACAGGAUAUGAUGAAGCAUGCUAUUCCACAACUCCAACACCAGGUCGACCAGAAGACUACCUCUUCAUACCAAAUGCAAUGGCUGAUGCCACAGACACUCAGCCUCCAUUCCGUGCAACUCGAUUUUGUGCCCAAAGUGUUCUUUCACAUCUGAUAACAAGCUCACCUCUCGGUCCAUUCAUGAUUUAUUUCAAUUCCGAUACACUUUAUGAGGCACCAACGAAAGAGGAAAUUGGAUUCCGAUUUGACUACGAAAUUGUUUAAAAUGUCCAGACAACUUUUUUUUUAUUACAAAACAUUAUUUUUGUAGAUAUUGGUGAGGUAUAAAGCUAUAGCUAUUGUUGUUAGUCAGUUCACAUUUGGGAUUUGCAUAGCUUUUCUUUUUUUAUCUGCGAAAAUUGAGAAAACUGAAAAAAAAAUCCAA